AUGGCUAUCACAGGUAGGGAAAAGGUUAUGGCAUCAGGUCAGGCUCUUAAAUCCCCACACAGCCAUGAAGCUCAUUGGAGGACCAUGAGCCGGUCACAGACUCUGAGCCGAAUCUACCUCACAGGGUUGUCAUGUGGAUAAGUGCAGGUGGGCAACCAUGUUAAAUAUCAGACAGGCACCAUCUGACCCUUAUGUUUCCCUCCCCUUGCAGUCUUGAUUUAUCAGCUACAGUACUUUUAAAAUGAGGCUGCAUUUUAAAUUGCAUUUUAACCUGUAUUUUAAAUUGGUCCCCCCCAUUAUGUUUUUUACUGUGAUUUUAUUGGUGUUAGCCGCCCUGAGCCCGGCUCUGGCCGGGGAGGGCGGGGUAUAAAUAAAAUAUUAUUAUUAUUAUUAUUAUUAUUAUUAUUAUUAUUAUUAUCAUCUCUGUUGCCUUUCUGACUCCUCCUGAAGGCCUUCCUCUUCCAACACGGCUUUUAACGAGACAUCUUUCUCAGUCUGCCUCUGUAUUGGAACAGGGUUUUUUUUAAUAGAUUUUUUAGUGUGUUUGCUGCCCCGGGCUCCUUUGAGAGGAAGGGCAGGCUAUACAUUUAAUGAAUUGAUGUGUACCGCCUUGAGCUCUUUGGAGGGAGAGCAAUAUGGUUUAUAUAAGAUACAGAGGAAGGGCAUUGAAUACCCCUGAAGACAAUUUGCCUGGGAAUUACAUAGGCUGGAAAAUUAUCUAGGCAGAUGUUGCAACCAGCUAUUGUAAGAGGAAAACAUCGUCCUAUUUUUCUCUCUGAUAAACGGGUCUGGUGGGGGUUUUGUUUCUUUUUGAAAACUAAAAAAAAUCAACAAAAAACAAAAACCUUUAGAAAACAACAACACCCUGCCAAACCUAUUUGUCCAAAGGCACAAGCGGAACCAAAGAUCUAGGUUGUCGGUAAUACAGUUUUGGCUUUCUUAAAAAGGGAGAGUUGUUGUUGCUCUCGAGUCUUGUUCGGGGGUUUCCUGCUGGUCCACCAGCAGGUCUCUUCUGACGUCCUUACAAAUUUGGUUCAUCAAACAUCUUGCUGAUUUUACUGCCCUGUCCCAAUGAGCCGGGAAUAUCCUUCAGCCUCCCAGAAAGGGGUUAAUAAUUUUCUGAGAUUUGGGUGAGAAAGGCUGGGGGGGCGCAAGGGGGGGGGGAGAGAUGGACGCCUGGCUUUGCUGGCAGCAGACAGUCCUUUGUCCAGGAGUCAGUGGCUGACGCCUUCUUCCUCAAUAUGAGGCCCCUCCUGGCUCCUGGACAAAGAGAAAGCGGGUUGAUCCAUCAGGCGCGGCUCCCAAUUAGAAGAGCCCUGCUUGUGUUUGUCUUAACUUAUUUUCUCCCCCUCCCCGCCCCCAGUUCGCCCUAGAGCGCCAUUGUCCCCGUCUGUUAUCUCCCAAUUAACAGCAAUUGCACACUCAAGGAGAGCCAGCCUUUGUCUGAGGUCAUCUAUCUGGGGUGGAUGGACAAUGUCUGUAUCUGUGUGUGUCUGCACAGGCCUAUCUGUGCACUUAUUAAUUUUACUGAAAAAUAUUUUUAAAGCAACCCUGGCUGAGAUGUGUUACAGCUGGGGGCAAAGCAAUGGUGCCCCCUCCUUCCUUGCAAUUCCAAGGUGCACUGUCCCCAUGCUGUUUUAGCACCUGAAGCGGAAAAAUCCCACAAGUCCCUCUCCUCCUGGAGAGCUGCUGCCAGUCAGUGUUGACAAUACUGAGAAAGGUGGACUCAGGGCAGCUUCCUUUGCUCCUAGAGAAAAUUCAUUGCUGUUGGGCCUUUUUUAAUAGAAAGGCAAGGAGUAGAGGUAUUAAAUAAAACUCAACUUUCAGGGUGGCAUGAGAGUUCCCUUGAAUUCUUUCCAGCCUUUAUUUCAAGGCUUCCAUUUCAGGCUUGGACUAUGUGUCUAUCACGUUUAGCCUUUCUAGGAUGCAUAAACAUCCUAAGUGUUUUGAUCAACUGAAUGAUUCUGGCUACCAUGAUCUCCAAGGGGAGAUCAAACCUGAUCCCAGCCAUUGUCCAGUGAAGAAGAAGAAACUGCUCUGAUGCUUGCUUUCCUCUUCCCUCCCUAGUCCUUUUCCUCUUGUGUUGUGUCUAUCAAGCACCAAUAUAAAUAGUGAUAAUGAUACCUAGUACAGAGUAAGUCCCAUUGGACUUACUUCUGAGUAAACCUGCUUAGAAUUACCUUGUUAGUCUGUGAGGUCCAAGCAUUGCAGGACCUGUGUACGUUUUCCUUUUCAUCUCCUCCCAUUGCUGUCAGCUGUAUAAUUAAAGCAGUUGCACCAAUGCUGCCAAGCUCUUCACAAGUUAUUAAUAAGGUCACGGAGGUUAAGAUACUUCAAGGUCUCUUUUUGCUGUGUUCUUCUCUUUUUUUUAAAGGCACUCAUUAGAGGAUGAGUGACUGAUGGCUGCUUCAAGUGACUGGGAAUUGAUUUCAGGAGAAAUGACAAAAGGGGGUGCCUUCAUUCAAGACGGCAUCUAUUUAUCCAUCAAUAACAUUUGUGUCCUUCCUUCAAGAAGCUCAGCAUGGCAUGUGUGAGGAUUGCCCUAUUUUUAUCUUCCCAACAGCCCUGGGAGGUAGGCUAGGCAAGGCAAGGGAGAGCACCAAUUGACAAGCUUCAUGGCUGCAUAGGAAUCUGAACCCAGUUCACAUUUCCCAAAACCGAUAUGCAAACUGAAAUGCGGGUAUCCUUUGAAAUUGGCACUACUCUGAAUUUUGCAAUGUUGUUUCCUGACCAAAUUUAUGUGCAAAAAUUCGUAUGUUAGGGGGAAGUGCAAGAUAUGGACAUUUUUAUGAAAAUAACAUGCAGCUUUCUUUCUACAACUGUGACUAUAUUGUAUUUUAAUUUUUGUCAACCUUCCCUGGAAUUAAAUUUUGAUGAAGGCAGUACAGAAAAGUUUUAAAUAAAUAAAACAUUUAUCCCCAGAGUACAGAUGGAAAACUGAGGCUGAGGGACAGUAGCUUGCUUUGGGCUCCUUCGGGAAUUAAUGAGUAAGGUUCAAACCAGGCCUUUCCUGGGUCAUAACUCAUUCUCUUAACCACGACAGUAUAUCAGGUCACUGUGGAUUUAGAAGUGUUUUCUUACGGACCAACACAGCUGCCUUUGUUUUUGCUUUUGUUUUUGCCUUUUAUAUACAUGGUGCCUCCCUAUUAAGAGACUGCGCUAACCAUGGUUGAAAACCCAAAGCAUGGCUUGAAUUUCCAAACGCACCAGGAAACUGUGGUGUAGAGCUAUUCAGCCACUUUUGCCCUUCCAUGUGCUUACAACUCCUGUUUCUGUAGCACAGUGGUCUCCACAAAUUGAGCAACAGUCAAAACCAUUUCUUUGCAAUUUAGACAUCCCGCUUUAGCUGCAACUUGGCACAGUGUCUGCAUGGAGCCUGCAAUUCAGGUGGUGGGAACCUUUUCAGUCUGAGGGGCAACUUUCCGGGGAGCACUUGUCAGCAGUGGGCACGACUAGAGGAAACCUAGGCAGAGUAACAAACAUACAUUCUAUUCUUUUGCACAAUAGGCUAGUUCAGGAUUUCCCAAAUUUGAGUCUCCAGCUGUUUUUGGACCAAAAUUCCCUUCAUCCCUGAGCACCGGUCCUGCUAGCUAGGGAAGAUGGGUUGUAGUCCCUGGGCUAGUUUAUACACACACUUGCAAAACCCUCCUUGUUCUCCAUCCAGGCAAGCAAGAAGCACCAUCAGAACUCAAAGACAUAUUCUGGUCGUUCAAAAGCCUGCAAGGUGCAAAGGCACUUAAGGGUGUGCCUUGAGGAGAAUUCUGUGGGUCAAAGAGAGAGACCUGGAUAGCUGCAUUUGGGCCCCUGGGCCUGAGGUUUCCCACCCCUUCUGUAAUGGUAGAAGAUAGACCUUCCCUUCUGGCUCAACUUCCUUUGUUCCUUUGCUCAGUUGUAGAGCAUCUGCUUUGCACACAGAAGGUUCAGUCCCUGCUUAUCUUCAAGUUAGGACUGCCUGAAAUUCCGCUGCUAGCAGUGUUGAUAAUACUGAGCCAAAUAGACCAACUUGGUAUAAGGCAGCUUCCUGUGUGCCUAACUCCUGUGACUGCACAACACCCAAAAUACCUGCUGGCUCCCCAUCAUCACAGCUGCAUGCUGGCAGUGAGGUGGAGAAGGGCCAAGAUGCGGAGGAGCCCAGUACAAAUGUUGUUUAAAAAACUGAUUUUCCCAGGAUCAUUUAAAAAGCACACACAUUAAUUUGUUGGGGUUUCUUCUUCUUCUUUUGAACAUGUCCAGAUCGUUAUUCUUUCCCACAGCCUCAUAAGGUGAAACUGGAAAUUCUGAGGGAGGAAAUAUAUGUGUGUAUCUGUUCCAUGAAAUGCUUCCUCUUGUCAGGAACAUUUGACUAUAUUCAUAUCUUAACUGAGUCUCUGGAAAUGAGAGUUUUUUCUUUUAUCUGCUUGACGAUACUGUCAGAGCUCAUCUAAUUUAUAAACAGUUCCUGAUGUAACUUAAGGAAGGUUAAGGAAGUAAAAUAUUAUUUUACACUUCACCAUUUCCCCCCAGGACUCCAAAGUCCUCUCAUUGCAGCGUGCUUUAUUUUUUAAAUUGUCUUUAAAAAACACUUAUUUUUUCAUAUUUAGUGGCUGCGUAUAAUCACAGGAAUUGUAGCUUACCUUUCCCACAACUACAUUCCUAAAACCUUUAACAAACUACAGUUCCCCACAUCCUUUGGGGGAAGCCAUUUUAAUUUAGCUGUAUGCUGCUUUUCCAAGGUGGGCAAUGUCCAAAGUGGCAAUAAAUAUUUGGGCUUGUAUCCAGUGGCACACCUACUCAGAACAGACCCAUGGAACUGAAUGGACAUGACUAACCUAGGUCUAUUGAUUUCAGCUGGUCUACUCUUAGUAUGGAUUAGUUCGAUACAACCCUAUAUAAAUAACCAAAUCACAGCAUCAUAUAUGAACGUUACCAAAAUAUGGAGAGGGGCAUUCAUUCUUGUGUACAGAAAACAUAUGGAACAGCCGGAUACCCGUUUGACAGAUGGUUUGUUAUUAGUUUUUGUUUAUUUCAUCAAUUUGUUCAACACUUUGGUCACAGUUGUCUCUCAGUGGUGACGGUAUUGACUACAGAUGCUGUUUAAGCAGGAGAAACUGUAACCAAGAUCUUGGGGUUGGGACUCUGUCCAAGUGUCCUCCAGGCCUUGUUUCUUCAGCAUCCCUGCUUUGCAUCCUCCCUGAAUGCUUUUGCUUGACCAGAGUUCCUCAGUGAACUAUGAUAAUGCCUCUUGCUUCCUGGAUGGAGAGAUGUGGGUAUUGCCUUGAAACCUGACUUUUCCAUGUCUGAAAGGUAGUCUGCCCUCCAUUGCUCCACCCACUUUUGCAUGUAGCCACACCUACUUUUGCAUGUGGUCCCACGCACCAAUGGCAUGCAACCGCUGGAAGGUUGCCCACAAUGGAGCACAGCCCCCAGUCUGAAAAGGGUUCCCCCUACCCCUACUUUAGAGCAAUAAAGGUCACUGAGUUUGUAGCCCUAGUGAACAGGCAAAAAAAUGCAGAUACUCACGAGGACUACUCACAAGUGAUCUGAAGGAUAGGCAUAGCCCACAGGAGAUUAGAAGCCAGCCUUAAUCCAGGAAGAUUGUGCAGGAAGAAUGAUGUCUCUGUCAUGAAAGCAGGGCAAAGAGUGGUUUCUUGCUGACUUCCAUGUUAGUGAUUCAGUGAUUCAGAAUUCAGUGUAGAUUAUUGAUUUGAUUUGCUAUCUGUUGUUCAUAAAAUUCUUCUAAAUAGAAUGAAUGCAUGACUACAGAAAACAGUCAGAAGCAUCUAGAUUAUUUUUUUAAAAUCCUUUGCAUUACAUUAUUUACUGGCAUUUCCAAGGAAAUUUAAAGAAUCUCUCUCUCUCUCUCUCUCUCCUAUAGCAUUAUGUUUACAGAAAAUGCUUGUAGGUUAAGGAUACAAUACCUUUAAGCCUUAUGUGAAACAUAAGUGAAAAAAAUCAUACUGUAAAGGCCUGCCUAAAAAAUAGUUUUUUAGAGACAUUCUGCCAAACUGGGUGUAGGGGGAACCCUUUUACAGCCUGCUACUCUAAAGGCCAACCAGAGUGCGAGGAACCCCCAGAAAUGCCCCCAUUAGUGGAUCUUGGUAGUCGAGGUGGAAUAUAAGGGUACCCCAAUCAGUCCUCUUAACCUAGAUUUUGUCAGGUUUACAAAAAUUGUAAAGCCAAAAGCAAUGAUCCUUCCUGUUUGAAUCCUAAGGUCUGGGGCUCUGGAAAUAACCUAAUGUACCCACCCCAUGGAGACAUCAGGACUGAUGAGGAAGCCCACCUUUAGGUGGCGCACUUGGGUAAUUUUUGACUCUGGGCUAAUUUUUGGAGGGGGAUCCUCUUUAAAUAAUUAUCUGUAUUAGUACUUCAAAAUUAUUACUCCCCGGGGAGGCUCGCCUGUUGCCUUCAUUGCAUAUGUUUCAGUGUCAGGCAAGAAACAUUUCUUUUCACCCAGGCCUUUGGCUGAUUAAACAAUCUACAGCCUUUAAAUGUGUCUCUCUCUAUGUGUGUUACUGUUUGUUAUGUAUUUUGUGUCCUUAUAUUGCAAACCGCAAUAGGGUGGUAUGUAGAAAUUAAACAAACAAAUGAUAAAAAUGUGGGUCUGUGGCUUUUCCUGCCAAGGUGUCAGAGGGCAGAGCUGCGUACUCUGUGCCACCUAACCUGUAUCCCUUAAGCUGUGGAGGAUGCCGUCAUGUUGCCAAUGCUGAUAGCGCCAGAGCUCAGAGGUUGAGCAAUCGCUUUGUAUGCAGAAGGUCCCAGGUUUCAUCCCCGGCAUCUCCAGGCAGAUUUGAGAAUGUCCCCUGUCCAAAAGCUCAGGGGCAGCUGCCAAUCAGUGUUGGCAAUACUGAAGGAGAUGGGCAGAUGGUCUGAGUCAGGGUAAAGCAGCUUUUUGUGACCCGAAAAAGUAAGAUGCAACUGUUAGAAUGGUUGGCUCCUUUAUGUGGAAUGGAGCGGGUAGGAAAAUGCCUCUCCGUUGAAGCUUUAUUAUGAUGUACUUUCAAAUGUCUCCUUGGGAACCAGGGUGAAGUUUCCAGACCUGCAUGAGGGUUAAUGGAGGCAGUGGUGGGAAGACAAGGAACAGAAAUGCUAAGAUCUUCAAGUCACGGUCUCCUAAAUUUCAUAUCUAUCCUCUCCUGGCUGGGGAAAAAAGAUUUGGUUACAUAACACCCUACCCCCAUUCCUAGUAGAACUAGGCAAAUAAAAACCAGAUCCCAUUAUUCUGAUUAUAAACUUUCUGCUUUGUUUUGUUUUAUUUCGCAAACUUUGCUGCUGAUCCUUCUGUAUAAAGAAACACUCGCUAACCACUGCUCCUUUCUCAAUGUGGUAGAGAAUGUGUUUGGCGGCUCUCUAAAUGAAGUUUUAAUUUCUGCAGUCCCGUUUUUAAAUGGCUGAUAGCAAAAUGGAUUUUUUUUGCUAACAACAUUAAAGCUUGGCGUUUCAGUCUUCAAAGGCUGAGUUUUGCUUCUUGCUUAAUAACCUUUCUGUGCGGGCGUUUUAAAACUCUGUCGUGCCUUUUGCAAUCUCAAAGGACAGAGGGUAGCAAUUGUCAGGUAAUUCUGCAUCCUGCCACCAGAUGUCGCCCAAUGUCAAAAUCCAGAUUGACAGAACCUCCUGUUGAAAACAGGUUAGCAAAUUACAUCGCUAUUGUAUCUCUCCGGAUUUAUGUAAACUCUUAAGAAAACAAGGGUGCUCUUUUGGAGCACGGAGCGCGCUUUAACCACCCAGUAGCCCAUACAGUUAGGCUGCAAUCCUAUACCCAGUCUCCUGGAAAAAAGCAAAGCUCAAUUGAGCUCAAUGGGAAUUACAUUUGAGUAGACAUAGGACUGUGCUGCUGGAAUGCUGGGUGAAUUUAUUUAUUUUAUUUUAUUAAAACAAAACAAAAGAAAGCCUCGAAAUGGGUUACAAGAAGAGUAAAGCAAUAAAAUUAUCUGUAAAAAAAACACUUAAAAGCAUUCAGACAAUAAUAAAAAUUGGCAAUAAACAGAGAUUAAAACACAUGUAAACAUUCUGCAUCUUCUCUGGGCAGGCUUGUCUAAACAAAAAUGCUUUUAGCAGGUGCUGGAAAGAGUACCAGGAAAGGGCCUUUCUGACAGGUAACACCUGAAACAGUGUUAGUUCUGCAGAUCGAAGCAGUCGAGUGGAUGUAUAUGGGGCAAGGUGGUUUCACAGGUAAACCUGGUCUCAAGUUGUUAAUAGAAACUCACAGAAACACUUUGAACUUGGCCUGGCAGCAAAUCAGCAGCCAUGGCAUGUCUCCGCAGUACAGGUGUUGUAUGCUGGCACAGUCUUACACCUGCUAGCAAUUAUGCUGCAGCAUUCUGCAUUAACUGUAGGCUCCAGAUCAAGCAAAAGGCCCACAUAGUGCACAUUGCAGUAGUCCAGUCUUUUUUCUUUCUGCAGUAGUCUAGUCUCUCCCCCCCCUUUAUUUUUUUAAAGAAAGCAUCCAGUGCAAGAACUGCUGUGACUGGUCUGGAAGUGGAUAAAUGCGAAUUUAUCUUAUUUUCUCUGCCUCUCACUCUCCCCUGCAUCUGAAAUGGUUUAAGUAUGCUGUUGUUUAGAACUUCUUUCUAUAUUUAGAGUUGUUGUUUUUAAGUGUUUCACAUGCAAUUGUUUUAAAUUGUUUUCAUAAAGAUGUAACUAUUUUAUAUAUGACAUAUUCUUAAAGACUAAUAACAUUAUAUGUAAAUCUAUACCCGAGAUGCUGGUUUAGAAGGCAGUUAAUAAAUCAAUGAUAAAUAUAAUAUUGUAAAUCACUUCAAAAUGCCUCCUGGGAAGCAAAUAAUAAAUGAAAUUCUUGUUAUUGUUAUUGUUAUUAUUCACAGCUUCCUGUGUUCCUAAGAAGGCCACAGAGGGGAUGGAUUGUUCCUGUUUGACAUUGGACUUCAAUGUUGCUUAUUCUGAUGCUGCAAAGCCAAUUUUUGUCUUCUUACGAACACUGCCUUCCAUAUUAAAUCAAGAGAUCCCAUAAACAGAAGAAAUGCAUUACACCAACCUUCAAUAUUUUGAAAGCAUCCUGUAGGUAUGAUUUGUUAUGGGGGGUUUUUCUGCAGCUCCGAAAACUACCUGCACAGAUGAGGGGAAUAAAAACGCAGCCAACCUGUUUAAUUGUGCAUUCAACCCAAUUUGCUUCCGUGGUGCUUGAUUGAUGCUUGCCCUUUGUAGAGCAUUUAUUCUGAUUUAUUUCAGGGGAGGGCAUGCAGCAAGGAACAUUCACCCUGAUUUGUUUGCAGAGGUUAUACACCUUCCCAUCAACUGAUCACCACCCCACACUUUUUAGUGCACUGUCCGGUCAAUUUCCUAUCCACAAAAAAAAAAAGAAGUUGAUUUGUUAUACUGGAGAGGCCACCCACUUUAUAACUUCACAAAUUAUAAAUUUCCAAUAUCUAACACACACAUCAAAUAAAGUGACCGUCUUACAGCAGCCACAGUGUAAGGAUUGCCUUGGCUGGAUCUGAACUCAGGGACACCUAUUCCAGGACUCCGUUGCCAACAGUGGCCAGCCAGAUGCUUCAAGGAAGCCCACAAGCCAGGGCCUUGCCCCUCCUGCCUGCUCUUGAUAUCCAGCACUCUGAAUUUUACAGCCUCUGCUUUGCAGAAAUCUGCCUGCCUUGCUUGCAUAAAAGCAAAGCACCCAUAUAUAUUUAAAUAAUGUCCGCCGGGAACGUUGGUGAUCCCACCACUAGGGGGAGUGUGUCCUUCUCCCGCGAUUUCCAUCAUAUUACUCUUAGUUUCACUCCUUAGCAUCUUGCCGUUGUCCGGCAAAUUAGCAUCACCAGCAUCACCACCGACAAAAUGCUUUAGCAAAGAAAGUGGUUUUUGUUUGCUGUCAGGCUCAUACUUUAAUCCUGGGUGUCUGGAGUCUGUAUUUAAAAGCUAGAAUUGAGGCAGGGCAGUAGAGAAACAGCCUAAGACAGAAAAACCAAAAAUAGCAGUCUUCCCCUAUGACAGUAAAAACAUCCUAAUAACGGGCAGUUUUGCUGUCUGUUUACGGCAGCCCCCAAAUCUGACAAUUGAGUCAGGCAUAAUAAUAAUAAUAAUAAUAAUAAUAAUAAUAAUAAUAAUAAUUUAUUAUUUGUACCCCGCCCAUCUGGCUGGGUUUCCCCAGCCACUCUGGGCGGCUUCCACAGAGACCAAAAAUACACUAAAACGUCACACAUUAAAAACUUCCCUGAACAUUAGGCAGACUAAUGGUAAGGCCAGCUCUUGUCAGAUUCUCGCCUUGGGGUGAAGCUACAAGUUCAGCUGGACAUACAUAAUUUUAAAGGUCUGCAGCUGAUGCAGAAGAGUACUUGCUGCAUUUUGGUAAAAGAGGGAUGGGUGUACUCCCAGUGUCGUCAGACUCCAACUCCCAUCAGCUUCACCCAGAAUGUGCAAUGGUCAGGGGUGAUGGGAGUCAAUUGUCAUUGAUUUAGGUGGUGUUUCGUGGAUCAACAUAAGCAAAUAUAUGUCACAGUCCCCUAGCAGCAUACAAUCUAAUGUUGACAGCAAAAUGAGACAGAAAUACCGUAAGUGGUAGGUGGGAAGGAAAAAGGAGGAUUAACAAAGAAUGGAGAUGACAUUGAGAGCUUUGUUUUGUAUUUUUGCUUUGUUUCAAAAACAGCAUUAUACUUCCAGCCAAUUGUCCUUCAUAAGCAUAUUAGCCAAGAAUGUUUGGGUAUAUCUUGGUAAUUUUUCCAUUAACACACUGUCCCAGAUCUGGAGGUACCAGUAUACUCUCUGUUUGAUUUGUUUUCAGUGUGUUAUUAGCAGUGCUUUUUUUCCUUAAAAAAUAUUUAGGAGUACUCUCAUUUUCCUACUCAUAUUGAAAUACUACCCCUCAAUGAGGCCAAACUUAGAUUUGCAAAAUGUUUAGGGAUAUGCGUACCCCUGCCUACCCCCAGAAAAAAAGCACUGGUUAUUAGUAUGUGUCAUUUGAACAGUUUGGGUGGCGUUUUAUUUAUUUACAUUCAUGGAAAUGCUGCUUAGGGGUUUGAUUGAAGAGGCUGAUCUCUUAAAUAAGUAACUAAAGGAAUGCGUAUCAUAAAUAAAAUAAAUAAAAAACACAAAGUCCUGGCUGUUCUGACCACAGUGCGCAGGCUGAGGGUCACAUUCUGGCUUUAAGCUUUGCAGCAAAAGUUGGAGAGAGUCCUUAUUCUCCAAAGCUUUGCUGCCGUCCACCACAGCCACUGCCACCACCAAACGUCUCCCUGCAGCUUCUCUGGAGCCUAGCAGUCCUUCUCCUCCUCUGCCUGUGCUAUCUGCAAAUGGGGGCAGAUCAACUGCAACCCUUUCCGAGAUUAGACACACAUAUAUAUCUAUUUGUCUGUUUCUCCUUCCCAAAAGGCUUGAGCAAGCGAGUGAGUUUGGCGCAGGGUCGGCUGCAGACUCCUUGGCACCGCAGCUCUGAUUGCUUUGGGUAACCUUUCCCCCUUUUUCCUUCUGGAAGCUUCUUGUGAAGGUUUAUGCGGUGUUUUUAACAGGAGAGGUGGGGAAGAGUCCAUCUCCACCUCCUCCAACCAAUUAAAUCGGCAAAUGCAUGGAAAUCUGGCCAGCGUUUCCAACCAAUUUAUCUGCAGGAUUUCUGGGAAUGCCGCUGGUCAAGGUGAAGUUUACAAGCAUGCACCCCUUUUUCCAGACCCAACACGGGUUCCCUGCCCUUUUAAGGCUCUGAUCUACAGCCCCCUACUCUUUGGCCCUUAUUUCUCACUGUACCUGUGACCUUCUCACCUCUGUGUCUAUUAACCGUAGCUGCUUAAAACUCCCCGCUUUCCUUAAAUUGCUCUGCCCGCUGUCUCUUGCUGCUAUCUGGCCUGAUCCAGCAUCCCACUUAUUAUGUGUGGGAUGAACAGAUGACUAACUGAAAGGUGUAUGAAAACCUGAAAUCAUACCAGGAUGAACGUUCAUUGUCACAUUUAUUUGCCUGUUUGUGCUCUUGAUAAGCUUACUGUUUCAAUAUUUUGCAUUUGUUCAUUAGCAGUUUGUUUGCCACCUCAGGGGUUUAUGAACGGGAAAAGCUUGGGUGCUAAUAUUUUGAUAAACAAAUGCAAAUAAUCAAGGAAACAGAUGUUAAGAGGAUAUUUUGAGGCAGGCAGGGGGUAGGAAAAGUCCAGAAACAGACCUCACUUCUGGCAUCUCAGGUGGAAAAACCUCCUGCUGUCUUGUUGCUUUUCAUGGACCAAAGCACCACGUAAACAGCAGGAUCUGAUGUGGAAAAGCAGGAACUUGAGGAUGUUACUUCCCCAAGAGAGUUGAGUUCUUCUGGCAGAGAAUCACAGAAGAAGCUUGUUCAGGCGUGAGUGGGGGGAGCAGUAUUCACCCUUUCACUCAUCUCCUGCUAGUCUGGCUCCCCCCUCCCUUUCUUGCACUCAGAAUGGUCAAAGGUGGUCCACAAGAUCCUCAGUCUCAGGCCAAAACUCUGAGCUCUGGGAGCUCUCUGUCUUCCAGACCUUCAUGUGAAGGGUCGUAGCUCAGUGGUGGAGUAUCUGCUUUGCAUGUAGAAGGUCCCAGGUUCAAUCCCUAACAGCAUCACCAGGUAGGGCUGGGGAAAGUCUCCCUGUCUGAAAUCUGGCUGCCAGUUAAUAUAGAUAAUAUUGAGAUAGAUGGACCAAUGGUCUGACUCAGUGUUAAGGCAGCUUCCUAUGUCCAUCCGCUCUUCACUCACUGCCGUUCCUCCAAAAUGCCACUUUUAAUGCACAAGUAAAAAGCAUCAGCAGAUUAAGAAAGCAUAUAGGGGGGAAAACAAUGAGGUGAGAACCUCACUGCUAAAACAGCUCAGCACUGGAUGGUGGUCUAUUAGGGGAAAUUGCACACUGCCCCACCAAGCACAGUCUGCCCUCAGCCAGCCUUCAUCUGCCUGUCUUCUUACUUAAUGACCACUCCAGGAGGCAGCACUGGCUGCCAGUUUCUUCCUCCUUAGUCUCAGUGUUGCCCUUGUAGAACUCAGGAGGAAGGAGUCUGAGGACAGAACUAGAAAUAGUUGGCUUCACCUGUCAUUAUCUCUGGCGCCAUCUGCUGUUGGGCUCCCAGCCUAUCGUCCUACCAGUCCCAAGGAGAAGGGGAAGAGGAAGAAGUCAACACCUUCUUCAACAAAUGGUUUUCUCCUGGGACCACAACAACAUAGAAGUGCUUAGCAUUUCUAGGUAAGAGAAUCAGAAUGCAGUUGAUGUAAAAAUCCUUUCCUUAUCUGAGAUCAUGGAGAGCUGCAAUAAUAAUAAUAAUAAUAAUAAUAAUAAUAAUAAUAAUAAGUGUAUGUAUGCUGCCCAUCUGACUGGGUUGCACCAGCCACUCUUAGCGGAUUCCAAUAAAUUAUAAAACCACAGUAAAACAUCAAACAUUAAAAGCUUCCCUAUACAGGGCUGCCUUCAUAUGUCUUCUAAAAGUCAGAUAGUUGUUUAUUUCCUUGACUUCUGACGGGAGGGCUUUCCACAGGGCGGGCAUCAUUACUGAGAAGGCCUUCUGCCUGGUCCCCUGUAACCAUACUUCUCACAAUGAGGGAACUACCAGAAGGUCCUCGGAGCUGGAAUUUGGUGUCCAGGCUGAACGAUGGGUGUGCAGAUGUUCCUUCAGUCAGAGUAGACAUUACUGGGCAAGGUGGACAAUGGAUUAUGAGGCAGAGGGCAGUGUUUUGCAUGCAGAAGUCAAUCCCUGUCAUCUCCACUUUAAAAGAUUAGGUUGCAUGUGAUGGGAAAUAUGGCAAAUGAAAGAUCUAAAAGUGGACUGAGGGAGAUGGUGCCUUAUUUUCUCAGGUGCCUGCUGUCUUCUGAUCUAUCCAUGAUAUAAUUAGAUCUGCCAAUGUUUAUUUCUGGAGCCCAGAUAUUCUUCAGGAAAAAGAACAAGAACUGUUAUUUCCAGCAGCUGGUGGGAAGAUGGUGGAUGAAGUAUUUGAAACUGGAGAUGGGUUGGAUGAGGUAGAGCCUCAUUUCCCCAGCUGCUUGUUGUGGCUGUUAACUUCCAGUGUAUCCACAAAAUAACUGAAUCUGCCAACAUUUCUUUCUGAAGUCCAAAUACUGGACGGGGGCACCAGCUAAUGGGAAGAUUGUGGAUAAAGCAUCUAAAUCUCGGAGUAGGUUGGGGGAGACUCAUCUCCCAGUUGCCUGUUGUUACUGCUACUAUCUGAUAACUAAAUCUGCUAGUGUUUCUUUCUGAAGCCGAACUAUUGGUCGGGUGGUGGUGGUGGGAAGAAGAGUUCCUGCCAGCACCUGUGUUCUGGAUUGUGUGUCCCUCUUCCUCCAAGCAGUGGGUGCCAUCACUAACACCUUUGGCAGUGCACAUGGCUGCUGUGAAUCUUCAGCAGCUGGAGGUGUUGAUGACAGCAUCCCUUCUUCUAUGGGAAACAGGGCUCUGUUCUGUCUUGGCAGGUAACUGGAGGAGGAAGAGGAGGAGGAGGGUGGGGAAAAUGACUUUAAAAGAUUGUGUGCUUUCAGCAUAUAUCAGCAUUCCUAAACUGGAAAGUCACAAGGAAAGAUCCUAUUGGAAAAGGGUUGUGGAAAAGGGAAAAUAAUUAAAUAAUAUUUAAUUGCACAACCUGAAUUUCUAGGUUUGCAGCUUGUUUCCCACCAACAAAAUAGUGACAGUCUGGAAGUAGCCUGGGUUUGUCUUCUCAGUAGACAUCCUCUGUCAGUGUGGUUCAUUGCUAUAGACUGCAACCUUGUCCGUAAGAAGCCAUUUGAUUUGAUUGACAUCCUAUGCCCUUUUAAAAUGUGUUUUUUGGGGGGUGUUAUUGGGUUGUUUUAAAUUUGAUUAUGUAUUUUGUAGUUUUAUAUUUUGAUUUUCUUCUGUGAACUGCCCUGAGACCUCUGGGUAUGGGGCGGUAUAUAACUAAUAACAACAAUAAUAAUAAUUAUAAUAGUCAAAAAAUUGAAUAGACCUUUUUUUAAAAAAAGGCCCUCCACCCCUUAUUGAGCAGCUUUAAAGUGGGUUCUAUAUUAAACCAAAUUAUUUUAACAAACCGCGUUCUGAUAAAUUCAACUCACUUUACAAUGUAUAUAAUCCCUGUAAACAUUCUUCUGCAGUGUUUAUACAGUCAGAACUAGGUAGAAAGAAAACUCUUAGCAAAAUGAAAUAUCUAUGAGGCUGAAAAGAUUAAGGAUUUUUUUAUGAUCUUAAAUUCUCUGCUACGAUUCUGUAGUAGAGAGAAAAUGCAUUUGUUCCCAAGGAUCUCCUUUCUCCUAAAGGUGAGGAACCUCAGGCCUGGAGGAUGAAUGUGGCCCUCCAGGCCUCUCCAUCCGGCCCUUGGAACUCAUCCCAAGCCAUUCCGGUCGCUGCUCCUGCUUUGUGCCUUUCUCUAGUGCCUUUGCCAGGCUGGCAUGUGUCCUUCAGUUGUGGCAACGCCUCUUGCUUGCCUGGAUGUAGAGAGAUGUAUGUGAUGUGAUGUAUAAACCUCUGAUUUUUGCUCUGUAGGGAUAUUACCUACUGUAAGGUAAACGUCAUGUUGCGUUUGCCUCUGGCCCUGCCCAACCUUGGCAAAUGGCCCCUGAAAGGUUGCCUGUGAAGGAAUGUGGCCCUUUGGCUGGAAGAAAAACAUGUUCUCUCCCCUGCCGCCGUCCUAAAGUUCAUUUAAGCAUUUAUUAAAUCAAGGCUGCAACCUUUAUCUAAGAGCAAGCAUCUCAGGCCACCAUAGGAGUCAACAUACCUAGGACUGCACUGACAGACUGACUGGGGCAACCAUAUGCAUAUUGUGAAAAAAUGGAAAGGCAUCACCCCCUCAAAAAACCCAACAACCCCAAAGAGGAUACAGAUUUGCAUUCCUAGCAUGUGUAUGCUUAUCUGUAGAUGCAGUUUUAGAAAGGAUGGGUGUAAUUUAAAUAGAUCCCCCCUGGCCAACCUGUACAGUUAUGGACUUAGAGACCUCUGGUCACAACCCCCACAUUCCACCACUGUAUAUAUGCUGCAGCAUCAAGUGAUGUUAUUUAGGGUCCAGUAGACCCAUGCACUGCUAAAUUCCCGAUUGCUGCAAUUCAGCCUAAUAAGGUCCCACAUGAAAGUGUGUUGCCCCAGAACUGUUUAAAAGACACUCCAGUUGGUGGGCAACUGUCCUUACUGAACUGCUUGCUGAGAUCAAUCCGACUGCCUGAGUUUUAUCUUUCUUUUAAAAAGAGUAACUCCUCUCUUCCCCAUCAUUAGAUACCAGUUAGUCUGCUGGGUAUCUCUUCCAAAAUAUACGCCACUUCUCUCUCUCUUUUUUUUACUUAACAAGCUGCAGGAUCUCUUCAGGAUUUUCUAGGCUGUAUCCAUGUAUUAACACACAUCAUCAGAAAGCUAACAAUAUGGAGUUAAUGUCUUUGGGCCCACAUGGAAUUGCUCUUACAGAACUGCUAUGCCCUCUGCCUUUCUGGAAAGGCUGCUAUAAAAAUGUACCCUUGGAAGAGUGUUUCUGUCCAUUUUGUAAAAUGAGUAUAUGCAGAGAUGUUCACAACACACCCAGUUGUCCUCUAUAGAAAGAUCUCUGUGAAGAACAUCUUUCUGAGUUUAGCCACAGGAAGAAUUUUGUUAUACCAAGUAAAUUUGCUUGUAUUUUUUUUUACAGUUAGGCAAGGAAAACUAUGCAUUGGCAGCUAGGAAAUUAAGUAACAGAUUUGUGGAUCAGUUCUGAAUACCUUUUAUCUUUGUUUUGGUUUAUAGCUAGACAAUUGCUGCUGCUAUUACUGUUUUUAUCUGGUCAAACCGCUUCAGGCUUGCAUGUUGGGACACUCAUCUUGGGGGUAGGGGUGAGGAGAGAAAUCUAGAUAGAAAAUUAGCAUGUAAAAUUAAAGGAUGCAUACAACCUCAACUGCUUCACAUAGGAUUUUGCUAAGUAAAGAAAGUUAUUUUGUGCUCCCCAUGGGCGAACAUUCAGACACGAUACUACAUUCCACCUGCAUCCUGCAAUGGCACAGUCCAGGAAAAGGUUUGCCAUGUGACACUGUUGAAUCUAUAAAGUAACUCCAUGAGCAGUUUGGAGGGGAUGGAGGGAUCUGCAUGGUCAGAAGCCUCUGAGUGACUGUAGCGCCACCCAUUCCUCUAGCUGCUACAAGCACUUUCCAUCUAGGGAACAGCAAGCAAGACUUGGAACUUAGAAUCAUUUUACACGAGGCAUCUGUGAAUGAAUCUCCACAUGAUUAAAAAUCUCCUGGUGAUUGCAGAAGUUUAUUGGUUCUCAUGGCUGCUAUACCUAUCCACGGAAAAGCCCCUCUUAGCACCAGUGACCACUCGCUCACCCCCCAUCAGCGCUUGGUUUUUUGUUUCAAGUGAGGAAAUCACUGUGAUUUUAUUUUGGGCUUGUUCUGAUUUUAAAUGUGAAGCAGCCUGAAAUCUGUAUGAUUGAAAUAAGUUUAAAAAUAAUAGCUAUAUCCUUUACAUCUAAAUAUUUGAACAACAUUUUAUGGCAUCGUUUUAAAUCAGAUACGUACACUGUUGGAAAUUGGUUUGGGGGUGGGGGGUGGGAAUGAAAUUCCACCAGGGUGUACUGUGAAAUGAACAUGUAUAUCUGGCAAACUCUGAAAUGUCUUAUAAAAUAUACCAACAGGCAACCAUGUUAAAGUACACCAUAUAUUGGGUACAUAAAUUCUUUCUUCUUCUUUGGUUUAUGGCCAAUGUUUUUUAAAAUAUUAUUUUUCUCAUUGGCUACCAUGUGGUGGAGAAUGAUCUGGAAACCAUUAUGAGAAUACACACACACACACAUACACACAUACACACAUAAUCUCGGGGGAACAUGUUUGGGUGAGCAUAUAGAGAAGCCAAACAAUGAACAUAAGAGGAGUCCUGAAGAAUUAUGCUAAAGGCCAAUCUGGUCCAUCCUGUUCUUGCAAAAUUGCCAGUUGAUGGGAAGACCACAAGCAAGAUUUUGUGGGCCACCUGGGCCCGCAAGUCAGUUUUACUAGGAAACCGGAGGUGAAACUAACCCCUUUCCAGCCCCGGGAGGAGCGCAGGGAGCAUUCGCACAACACACCUACACACUACUACUACUACUACUACUACUAUUAAACACUGCAGCCAACACACUAACGUGUCGUGACACACAGUUUGGAAAGAUCUGAGUUAAUUCUAUGCACAUUCUGUAAAUCUUGUAAAAUGUUUUCUUUAGCCCAAGGGCCACAUUCCCUUGUGGGAAACCUUCCAGGGGCCACAUGUCAGUGGUGGGCAGGGCCGGAGGCAAAAGUGUUUAUAACUUAUGCUUUUGUACAAGAUGCAGCAUUCGAGGCACACAAACCAAACACACACAUUAUUUCAAUUCAAGGACACAUUCCAGCCAGGCAAAAGCUCUCAAGGAAGGCAUAGAGCAGGGCUGGUGAGGGAGAUGUCCUAGGGAAGAGUCCUGGGGGGCAGAUAUAGAGGCCUGGAGGGCUGCAUUUGGCCCAGGGGCUGAGGUACUCUGCCCCUGCUGUAAAUAAAUAAAUAAAUUUACUUGGAAGCAAGUCCCAUGGUGUUCAAUGGGACUUACUUCCUGCUAAGUGUGCUUGAGGUUGCCACUUAUAUGUUGCUAAGGGGUUAACUCCCCACCCCACCCCACCCCCCACACUCCCUGAAACUUUUGAAGACAUGUACAAAAAUAUUAAUCCAGUUGCCUGCAGGAUUCUCUGAAAUUGGAUUUUACUGCGAUAAUCAAAACGUAUGUUUUUGGAUCAACACGACAACCUUUCUUCAAAUACCCCCACCCCACCCCCUUGAACAAGCCGUCUAAAAGGGCAUCCAUAGUCAAAUCCAUCAUAUUUAUUACAUUUAAUCAAAAUUUGAUUUUGGUUAAAUUUAUUCCAUAUGCAUUGUGCAUGACGUGUUCCCAUUUCAAGUCCUGAAACACAGUUCUAUAAAUAUCUCCCUGUUAAGUGGCAGCUACGAUGGAUCAGAUACUUGGCCAUUGAACACUAAUAUGUUCAGGGCCAAAGAAAAGAGCCAACCUGGUAAAACGCCUAGAGUAUUGGGCCUUGGGAACCUGGGUUCAAAUCUCUGUGAAACUCUGUGGAUGACCUCAGGCCAACCAAUAUAUGUCUUACCUAGCCUCCUUCAGGAGGUGGUGGACUUUCAUUCAUUGGAGGUUUUUAAACAGAAGUUGGAUGGCCAUCUGUCAUGGAUGUUUUAGUUGAGAUUCCUGCAUUGCAGGGGGUUGGACUAGAUAACCCUCGGUCCCUUCCAACUCUACAAUUUUAUUAUUCUACCUCGCAGGGUCAUUGUGAGAAUAAAAUGGGAUAGUCCCUAUGUGUGCUAGCCCCAGCGCUUGGGAGGAAGUUACCUCAGAUUAACAAAUAAAAAACUGUACAUUGUCAUAAAAUUGUUAUACAAGGGAUGGAGAACCAGUGGUCUUCUCAAUGUUUCAGGACUACAACUCCCAUCAGCCCCGACUAGGAUGGCUAAUGGUUGGAGAUUAUGGCAGCAAUAGUCCAGCAACAUUUGGUGGGGAGCUGGUUCCCCACCUUUAACAAACUACACUUCCCAGGAUUCUUUGGGGGAAGCCAAAGUGGUAUGAUACUGCUUUAAAUAUAUGGUACCGAUGAGGCCAACUCCUAUCAUCCUUAGCCAGCAUGGCCAAUGGUAAGGAAUUAUGGGAGUUGUAGUCCGCAACAUCCAAAAGGCACAGCAUUGGUUACCCUUGGCCUAGGGCACGUUUCCUCAAACUCAGCCCUCCAGAUGUUUUUGAGACUACAGUUCCCAUCAUCCCUGACCACUGGUCCUGCUAGCUAGGGAUCAUGGGAGUUGUAGGCCAAAAACUUCUGGAGGGCCGAGUUUGAAGAAGCCUGGCCUAGGGCCUACUCAAAAUACUGUAGUUUGAGGGUCUAACAAAUUUCCUUCAAAUGUCCUUAUUUCUCCUCAGAUAACUGCAAUUCCCAGUGUCUCCAAGGGAAAGAGUAAAAAAAAGAGGAACUAAGAAACCAGUUAGGGCCAAUCUCAAUACAUUUUGCUGCCUGAGGCAGUAAUGCAAACACAGCACACACCGUUGGUUAAGAGGCCUAGUGCCCAGGCUGGUGAGGUUAUUUUGGCACCUGAGGCAGAAAGUCCGAUUAGAACCUCUCCUCCUUCCCUGGCAAUAAUAAAAAAUAGAACUUUUAAUUCAGCAGCUAACAAUUUGCUGCCACUUUAUAACAAGCCCAGUCCUGCUUUACAGCAGCACAGGCGACCUGAAGCCAUUUUACAGGUGGAGGUGUUGCUCUGUCUUUAAAGCAGGACCGCAGGCCUGAAAUGUGACCUUUGGGUCUCUUCCUUAGACUGCACAUCCUCCCCAGCCAUAUGCCUCACCCUCCUUGAUUAUUUUUGCCUGGCUGGAAUGUGACCUUGAACUCUGAUAACGUUCCCUGCUUGCAUGGAUGGAGGGUAGAAAAGGAUGUGUGAAGGAUCUAGCCUUCCUUAAAAAGUCAAAAUCCACAUUCGCCUGCAGUUGCCUCUGGGAAAAAGCUUGCCCAGGCUGAAGGUGCACAAGGCCCCUACCAGAUGAAGUGAGGCAGGUGUGGGUAAUUGCAGAAGAUGCAAAAUGUCAACAGGUGUGUGGAUCUUAGCAUCAAAAGUACUUAAGUGAUAGAAAGGAGAGAACCUCACCAGCUCUGAGGGGCUGAGUUAAGUAACUAAGGUGAGGGCAUACUCUGGAAAGAGAUGAGAGCAGAUACAAUUUAAAUGGAGGCCAGGAUUGACAAGAGCAUUUUACAUUGCCAACUGUGUCUGGCUAUUUUUAAAUUAUUAGCUGGGGUGUGUGUGACUAUUUUAAAAUGGUCUUUUUGGCUUGAGAUGUUCUCAAUGGUUUUAAAAUGUGUUUUUGUUUUAUUUUUAAUUGUAUUACUUUACUGCUUUGUUUGCUGUCUUGGGUUCCUUUGGGAGGGUUUUAAAUAAAAUUAAAUAGAAAUGCAACCGAUAAAAAGAUAUCCACAUUUAAAAAUAAAUAAAUCCUAUUUUUCUUACUAAUUUAGCUGCUCUACCACUGGAAGGAUGA